AUGCUGGUUGGCAUUCAAGUUCAAACUUGAAUUUCAAUUGAUUGACUGAUGAACUGAACAUGACCUAAUCAAUGAGAUGAAAAUUGGGGUUGGCUUGCAGUUGCAGGUCUUUCUCUUUCUUUCCUUACCUUCUUCUUCUUAUUAUUAUUAUUAAGGUUUUUAACUUGUGUUGAAAUGGUCUGUACUAAUUAUAGCUCUGCCAAUGAAUCUUAUUGUUUAAUCCUGAUUAUACAUUUCCCGAAAUGCAAUUAGCGUCAAAUGAUGAUGACAAGGAACAAUGCUCGGAAAGCGAACCCAUCUUGAGUCGUCAGCAGCAUCUUAAUUUCCAACAACCAUCUGGAGAGUCUUCAUUCUCCUGUGAAAUUAUUCCUGCUGCCAACAAUGAUGAUUUACAGAAUGUUCAUGUUGAUGAGACUCGUCAUCUUGUAAAUACAGAUCAGUCACAAUGCCGGAUAUGCCUUGAUAUUGGAGGGGAAGAUCUAAUUGCCCCAUGCCAUUGCAGAGGUACACAAAAAUUUGUCCACAGAUCAUGUCUAGAUAAUUGGAGGUCUACCAAGGAGGGCUUUGCUUUUUCUCACUGUACAGAGUGCAGAGCUGUCUUCAUAUUACGUGCAAAUGUCCCGCCGGAUCGGUGGUGGUUGAGAUUAAAAUUUCAGUUCCUUGUUGCCAGGGAUCACGCGUUCAUUUUCAUAAUUGUUCAACUGGUUGUUGCUUUCUUGGGAGUGCUUGUGUACAAAUUUUAUGGAGAUGAAUUGAGAGAAAUGUUUGGUUACGAAGAACAUCCAUAUGGAUUUUAUACAAUGGCAGUUCUAGCCAUUGUUUUGGUGGGAUUGCUCUAUGGCUUCUUCAUAGCGAUAAUUUGUGGCCAAAAAAUCAAUGAACGCCACUACCAUGUUCUUGCCAAACAAGAAUUGACAAAGGAAUAUGUGGUGGAAGAUCGAGAACAUGUAAAGAAUGUGCCUGAACUGGAUCCCAGCCAUGUGACAGAACUAAGGAUGUUGGGCCUUUACUAGUUGAGUCACCUUCAAUUUGUUGCAUUUGCAGCUUGUCUCCAUUGUUCCUCUUACAUCUGUAUAUCUCGUUAGUCUGUUCAGGCCUCAGGGUGAUGUCCCGUUAAUUUGGCUGUUUGGCACCAACUCAAAGCGCACAGCCACAAGGGCAUGGUUUAUACCCAAUACCCUGUAUACUCUAUUUUGAUUCUUUAUUUUUGAUUUUUGCUUUUACAGCAAACUUAUAAAUGAACUGUGCUAAAUCAACUAGAAAAUUGCUCUUUUGAAUCAAUGUUGUUUGGUAGAGUAUAAAGAAAAAAAAAGUGGAGAUCUUAUAAACCGGUAGCUGCUGCAUGGAGAUGUUUCUAUUUGUAACUUGUAAGUCCCUAAUGUAACCUUCAAUCACCUUUAUUUGGAAAUUUGUUUUUAUUUUAUACAAUGUAAUAUAGUCGAAUAUAGAUUUUUCUAUUUUAUAUUUUAAACCUGA